GGUACCGCUGCUUACAAGUGUCGCGCUACGGACACGGAUUUCAGAAGGGAAAUGGUUAUUUUGUUUGUCUCCCUGUUGUUUUUCCCGACAACAAUAUUAACGCAACACUCAGAUACUGUGGUCGGCUGUGGUGGCUUUAUAAGAUGGAAAGAAGCUCAUCCCGAUUCUGUACUUGAUUUCAGAAAGCUGAAAAUAAGUCUGUUUUCAGAAACUACUAGCACAUUAAAAGAUGUAACCGAUGUUCUCCCUAACGGAGCUUAUUCCGUUCCGUUAUAUGAUGAGGGCGUUUACAGGAUUAGGUUAACUACUCCUAAGGGCUGGCAUAUUGAACCGUCUGAUGGCUACCUUUUGGACCUAGAGAAAGAUCCGGGGGCUUGUUUCAAAGAUUUUGACUUCAGUAUAGUUGGAUUCUCAAUUUUUGGGCAGGUAACUACUUCUGGAAUGAAAACCGGGCCACCUGGUUUAUCAGUUCGAUUAACUGACCCUACCUCUCACAAACCAAUGCUUCAUAAUUUUACACAGGAUCAAGGUCAUUUCAUUAUAUCUCCUGUGACUCCUGGUAACUAUUUAUUGACCGUCAGCAAUCAAGAUCGUAGUGAUAAAGAUCAUACAAGAGCAUCUAUCAAUAUUACAGUCCAGUCCGAUAGUAUCAACUUGCCAGAACCAAUCAUUUUACUUGGUCAUUUUCUCCGUGGACGUGUGACAGACUUCAAUCAGAAUCCUUUGGUCAAUGCAAAAGUUUUCCUGUUAUGUGAUAAAGAUAAGACAUUGUCGAAAUCCUCUACCACUCUAGACAAGUCAGUAUAUUCACAUAUAGUCGAAGCACUUGGUGAAAUGCACUAUAAAUUUUUAACAAUACAAGAGUCCUCAACAGACUCAGAUGGCUAUUUUACGUUUGAUCGUCUACCGGGCGGCAGUUAUCUUCUGGUACCCUUAUAUACGCCUAAGAAGUCCGGGGUCGUAUUUUCAUUUACUCCGAAAUUCCUCCCGGUAGCAAUGGAGCACACAGAUGUGGAUCUCGGGCAUGAUACGUUUACAUUGCAAAGCUUCAAACUUAAUCCAGGACGUAUCACGUGGCCGAACGGUGUUCCGAUAUCAUCAGCUAAGAUUACAAUUACUACUAAUACAUCACAAAAAUCUGUAUUAACAGAUGGUGAUGGAUUUUAUCAAUUGAAUCACAUAAUUGCAGGGGACUAUAAAUUUCAGGUCGAAGUAGAAAACGCUUUCUUUGAAACGUUUUCAAUAAAUCUAAAUCAUUUACUAGAAUCUCUUCCCAACUUAGUUCCUGACAAGGUUUCUGUAUGUGGAAACUUAAUCCCAGCUGAUACAUCAUCAGAUUUAAAACUUAAAGUAUACAUCGUUGUUCGUAGUGUUGACAACAGUUCUGAAAUCAAUCGAGUUGAAACAAAUCUAGAAGAUGGGAUAUUUAAAUUCUGUGCUUUUCUUAAUCCCGAACGUUAUUCAUUGCAUCCAGAUGUUUCACUGUUUGGAGUAAAUCAACAUUCUGAUAAAAUACUACGAUUCACUCCUUCGGAAAUAAUGGUUGAUCUAACUGGUUCUCCUGUAGUCAAUGUAACGUUUUCUCAGUUUCGUGCUAAAUUGUUUGGGAGAAUUAAUUGUUUACUUCCAUGCUCUUAUUACAAGACACCGGUUUAUGCUCAACUGACUUCACUUCACUCAAAUACAAUUCAGCCAAAACUAUAUGAAUUUAUACCUAGUAAAACUGACUUGCAUGUAGCUUUUUUCAAAGCUGAAGAUAUGCUUCCAGGUGAUUAUGCUAUUCAGGUUGUUUUCUAUUCGGGCUCUUCACUUACUACAAUAGACGGUUGGUGUUGGGAUCACCAUGAAAAGACAGAUAGUGGGGAAUUUCAACCGAUUGAAUCUUCCAAGAGAAUUCUUCAUAUACGUUCUGAUGAUUUACAUUAUGAUAAUGAAUCAGCUCUUGAUUUUCGUCAAACCGGGUUUCUUAUUCCAGUACAAUUUGAAUUACCGAAUUAUGUUACAAGAGUGCCUACUGUGCUUUUGUUUGCUUCAAAUUACUUCAAGGAAAAUAAUACGACAGUCAAAAGUUCCAUAGUAUGGAAUUUAACUAAAACAUGUAACAGAAUUUGUCUACCUUCACCUGAAAAAGUUUAUAAAAUUAGCUUAUCUAGCACAUGCACUCGACUCAGACUAUUACAAGCCACUGAAAUAAAUCCAUCAAAAGAUUGCCACCUUACACUGAAUUCUAGCGCUAGGAUCCGCAUCGGCGUAGAAGAACUGCCUGUUGUUAUUCAUCUUAAACUCGAUCAAGUGGCCGCAAGGUUUUUCGAUGAUCUCAAGGAAGUUUUCGAUUCUCCUUAUUCAUUCCAAAUAGAUUUUCCUUCCAAUACAUCUGUAACACCUCGAUCAAAACUAGUUGAAACACUUUGGUCUAAAUCAUCUCAAAACGUCGAGUCAGUAUCUGCAACAGGAGUGUUCUGGCUUAAUAUCAGAAACACAAUUCGCGUUACUCCUAAAUCACUGAAUUUAAAGCAAAAUCAUAUGGUUCAUUUGAUAACAUAUCCGUCUAGUCAAGAUAUUAAUCUUCAAUCCGACUCUGAACAACAACAAAAACAAAUUGAUGAUAUUUCAUGUAGUUUAACAAUCCCUAUAGUUAACCCCUCUAAAUCUACUGUAAAUGAUGUACAUUCAUUAUGUUCAUCACUUUUUGUUGGACAAAAUGUUGAAUUCAGCCUUACGAUCGCUGUCAAUCUUAGAGGUCGUAUCGAUCCGCCUACUGAGAGGGUCAAUAUUGAAUUAUUCAAGAAAUUGCCUCAAAUGUCAGAAAAGUUUCCAACUUCUGCCGAACACGAUCAUCUCUUACUACCUGUGAAUAGUGAAUCCGAAUUGGUAACUAACACAGAAAAAGAAACUAACUCAUCUGAACCGAUUUCAGUUACUCAGUCGGAUAGUCAAGGUUUAUUUUCUUUUAAUGCUCUACCUUUAACAGAUUGCGAAGUAUUUAAUAUUAAAUCUAUAUUUGAGGUUUCUAAAAUGUAUCAGAUCUUAUUAUCUAAAGCUGGUUACAAGUUCGAUAUCAUUAAUAAAACAGAUGUUAAACAUCAAUUGACAGGUUUCGACUGGUAUGUAAAAUCAACUAGACUUUCUCUUGUUGAAGUGUUUGUCUAUAACUAUCCUGUUUCAGAGGAUUCACGUCAACCAUUAUCAGCUGUAUUGAUUUCCAUUAUUGGGGAAGGACAUCGUGCAAAUCAUUUAACAAAUGAAGAAGGUGUUGUACGCUUUGUCGGUUUAUCUCCUGGACAGUAUUAUGUACGUCCAAUGAUGAAGGAGUAUUCAUUUACUGUUAAAUCUCCUGAUCAAUCUGAAUCUGGUCAAGCUAUUCCUGUGCAGGUAGAAGAAGGAAAAUCGGCUGUCAUCAUAUUGUCUGCAGUUCGAAUUGCUUUUUCCGCUUCAGGAGUUGUUACUUCGUUAGCUGGUAUCCCAGAGUCUGGUGUUUUAGUUGAAGCUUCCUGGUUACCUGGAACACAAAAUACUAUACAUAACGAUUUGUUGCACUUAAAAUCAAAUAGCAACUUGACGUGCCAACUUCGAUAUGAUCAAAUUAAUAUUAUCCCACGGGAACAAUCUGUAACGGAUUCAAAUGGCAAUUUUCGUAUUAGAGGUCUUAUGCCAGGUUGUGUAUACAGGAUCUCUGUACAUAUAAAUCCUAAUAUUUUAUCAAAUCUUAUAUUGGAUCAAGUGACAAGGGAAUCAAGUAAACUAUCUUCUCGCAAUGAUGUUGAACAUGCAGUUCCUGAUCAUGUAAAUUUGCAGAUGCUUACCACUGACACAAAUGGACUACAUUUCUACAUAAUUCGUCACCUUUGUACUUCUUUGAUUACUGUUAAUGUCCAAACUCCUGAUAUUUACCUGCCUACUUUACGAUUAAUCGUAUUUCCUGUUGGUCAUCCAGAAAAUAUUGUUGCUAAACAUGACUUCGGUAUAGAUUCUUCAUUAUUCAGUUUGUCCGGAUCAAAACUUAUUCCAAUGAUUGGACGAGAACAUGUGAUACGUUUAAUAUCAGAUCUUGAACCUAAAUUUUAUAUCAAUGCUAAUGCACAAAAUAUUAUUUUCAAACCAAAAUGGAAUGUUAGUGAACAUUUCAAUUUUCAAUUUCAUCCUAAACUACGUACUACACUAAGUGAUUAGGUAUGUAUUGUUAUUCAUAGUUUGAUUGUUUAUUUUUUUUUAAAAUGAAUUUUUAGAAGGAUAUUGCUUCAUCUAAAAUUUAUUCUUUUUAUUUCAAAAAGUACAUAAAUGUAAAUGGAAUGUUGUUUGUGGAUCGUCUUUGAAUGUAAUUAAUGAAGAUAUAUGUAUAUCAUACUAUAGUCAAUAAUCUUUUAUUCAAUUCCUCUAGAUAAAAAGAAAUUCUAAAUUACAAUAAUGUUCAAUGUUUUAGGAAUUAUUUCUGUUAAGACAUGACGUUGUAUGUGAUUAGUACAUCUUAUUGAAGUAUUUGUUUUGAAAAAAAAAUUUAUAACUGUUUCUUCACCAUAAAGCAUUAUACAUGUUCUACAAUAUUUGUUUCACAUUUUCUUAAACUUAUUAUACGUCUCAAACAAUACAAAUAAAAGUUGUAAAGAACUGCACAUAAUGUUUGUUGUUGUUGAUCGGCGGUUUUCAUCUAUAAUUUUCGAUACUGCGUUUAUUAUUAAUACACAGCUAUUUAAUUAGUGACAGAUAUAAAGAAUGUGAUUUAAGGUUUAUGAAGGUAGUAUCAUUCAAACACUAAACAACGCUCCGGUUUGUAUGUGUUUUUUUUUAAGGGGAAUAUAUUACAAUUCCCAUAAAAUCGUUUUUGAAACUUUAAAGCAUUACAUAGCAGAUCAUGUUACUAAUACAUGGUUACUACUGUUUAAAUCAUUGACAAAAUAAAGUACAUUUCCAACGAUCAAUAUUAGUUUGUUUGUUUGUUUUCCAUUGCAAAUUCUAUGUUAUUUUCACGAUAUCUUCAAUAAUGGAUUGUCUUAUCCAUCUACUUGUCGAUUUAUGUCUUGUAUUUGUAUGUUUCUUACUUUGUGCUUAAUAAAUUGUUCUUUUUUUUCUGUAUAAUCUAGUAUUAUUUUCUUCUGACACAAUAUACGUGUGUACAAAUAUAUGAAACUUGUUUUAUUUUAUUAAAUAAUAAUUUAUAACUGUCUAGUUGUUCCUUAUUAUUGUAAAGUGUAUGCGGUAAAUAUACGCAUGUGUAUAGUUUUCUUACGUCCAUUCAUUUUUUUUUCUCCUUUUAACUUAAGUGAAUUAACUACUUGUGUUUUAUUGUUCAAGUUAUAUUGUUUACCACAAGUCUACUUAUCAAACAUAACUCCAUAGUCUAUUAUAUUCAUUAAGUUCGAAUAAUGCUAUGAUUGAAGCGGUUUAUCUGGUUUUUUGUGUGUUAGAAGCAGUUUCUUUCUUAUUAUAAAUAAAUUAAUGAAGGAGGAAAUAUCUUGCCGAGGUUGUUUUAUAUACUAAAAUGUUUUUGUCUACAAAUCGAAUCCUAGUGAAAUUGGGUGUUCUCUUAAAAUAAUUUUUAAUUAUUUUGACACUUAAUCCAAUAAAAAUAAACAAUUACAGCAAAUUU